CUCGAGUGAUGUUCCUGAACACAGCAGACGGAUGUAAAGAUAAUCACACACAACGGAUGGAACAUGGCAUUUAUUUCCACAAGGGUGAUUUUUAGUCCUGCGUUGAGGCAAACUUUCAAGCAAAUUAUUUUUGCGAAGCAACUAAAAUGUCAAUGUCAAUUGAACAGUCGGCUGUUCCUUCCAACUGUUACCAGUCAGAGAUUCUAUGCAGAAAAGAAGGUAUUUAGCCGCGAUAAACCACAUUGUAAUAUAGGUACUAUAGGUCAUGUAGAUCAUGGCAAAACCACUCUAACAGCAGCUAUUACCAAAGUUUUGUCUGAGAAGCAUUUAGCAAAAGCUAAAGGAUAUAGUGAGAUUGAUAAUGCUCCUGAAGAAAAGGCUCGUGGCAUUACCAUUAAUGUCGCACAUAUUGAAUAUCAAACAGAAAGUCGUCAUUAUGGACACACAGAUUGCCCAGGCCAUGCUGAUUAUAUAAAAAAUAUGAUCACAGGAACUGCUCAAAUGGAUGGCGCUGUAUUGGUUGUUGCUGCCACCGAUGGUACAAUGCCACAAACUAGAGAGCAUUUGCUCCUUGCUAAACAAAUUGGUAUCCAGCAUAUUGUUGUGUUUAUUAACAAGAUUGAUGCUGCUGAUUCAGAAAUGGUAGAAUUGGUAGAAAUGGAAAUACGAGAGUUGUUUUCUGAAAUGGGUUACGACGGCGAUAAUAUUCCAAUAGCAAAAGGUAGUGCACUUUGCGCACUUGAAGGGAAAAGUCCUGAAAUAGGUUCACAAGCUGUCCUGCAGCUGCUAGAAAUGGUAGAUAAACAUAUCCCGACUCCAAUGAGAGAACUGGAUAAGCCCUUCUUACUUCCGGUAGAGAAUGUAUAUUCUAUUCCUGGUAGAGGUACCGUGGUUACCGGUAGACUAGAGCGUGGUAAACUAAAGAAGGGAACGGAAUGCGAGUUUAUUGGUUAUAACAAAGUUUUUAAAAGCACGGUCACAGGUAUAGAGAUGUUCCAUCAAAUAUUGGAAGAAGCUCACGCCGGGGAUCAACUUGGCGCUUUAGUGAGAGGCUUAAAGAGAGACGAAGUAAGAAGAGGCAUGAUAAUGUGUAAACCUGGCUCUAUGAAAGCGUACGAUCAUGUAGAAGCACAAGUGUACUUGUUAAGUAAAGAAGAAGGUGGUAGAAAAAAACCUGUUGCGAAUAUGAUACAAUUACAGAUGUUCUGUAGAACGUGGGACAUUGCAGCACAAUGUACGGUAGUGGGAAAGGACUUGGCCAUGCCAGGAGAAGAUUCCACAAUUAUACUAAAAUUGAUAAGACCAAUGGUAUUGGAAAAGGGACACCGUUUUACAUUACGAGAUGGAAUGGUAACUCUAGGAACUGGUGUAAUCACUAACACCCUGAAAUCACUUACGGACUCAGAGCGACAUGAUCUUCUCGAAGGCAAAAAGGCACUACUGAAGAAGGAAAAGAAAGCACAACAAAAUUAGACUCGAUAAAUAUUUGUUACAAAAUAAAGCAGAAUUGUUCUGUGUAAUAAAUAAAGAAAACAUAAAUCAGCUUAGUGAAAGUAAUAAGAUGCGCAAGAUAUGACCAUCAUAGAUAAUACAAUAAUGAUAAUAAAAAACGCAUUUUACUACAUUGUAAAUCAUAUAAUUUUAUUCAUUAACAAAGAACAAAUAUCAACUCAGUUAUUGAUACAUGUUAUUAAUAUUAUACAUACACAGGAUGACCCACAUAAAGUGUUACAAGCUACUAUCUCAAAAAUAUGUGUCAAAUGAGAAAAAUAUGUUCAGACAAAAGUUUUACAACUUCGAGAACAACAUUCGAAAGGUUUAGUUAUUUGGGCAUUUGAGUAAUACAAAUGUCAGCGAUAACUUUCAAGCCUUAUAAUUUCAAUAAGUAAUAAACUGAAGGAUUACAUUAAAUUUCAUUACCUUGCGCAAGGUAAUGAAAAUUUAAUUUGCCACCCAAGAAAAUCGAUGUUUCCAUCUUGUGUCUCCCUUGAAAUCACAAAAAUUUAUCUGAACAUAAUUUUUUUGAC